AUGGGAGACGUCGCCGUCGCCGUCGCCGUCGUCGUCCCCACGGCCGUCGUCCUCAUAAUCAUCACGAUCAUCACCACCCUCACGGCGGCGGCGGCACCGCUGUCCUUCAACUUCACGGACCAAAUCUGCAGCGACGCCGCGGUGAAGCUCUACGGGUACGCUUCGUGCGCCGGGCCCGCCGUCCAGCUCACCCCGUUCGAGUACUGGGCCACGGGCCAGGCCCGGCACCCGAGGCCCAUGCACCUGUGGGACAGAUCCACGGGCCAGCUCGCCAACUUCACCACCGACUUCACCUUCGCCAUCGACAACAACAACGGCAGCUGGAAAUGCGACGGCCUCGCCUUCUUCCUCGCCCCGCACGAUUACGUCACCCCGGCCCACGCCGACUCGGGCCGGCUCGGUCUGGUCCACGGGAACUUCACGUACAACUCCACGGCGGCGGGGCCGAGCGGGGCGUUCUUGGCCGUGGAGUUCGACACCUACAACGACGCGUGGGACACGUGGCACGACGGCCUCAGCCACGUGGGGAUCGACGUGGACUCGAUGCAGUCGGUGGCGAGCAAGCGGUGGCGGAGCCACGUGGACGGGAGGACCACGACGUGGGUCCGGGUGUCCUACGAGGCAAAGAAGAAGAAGCUGUGCGUGGUGUACAAUACGACCACCGUGGAGGAGGAGACCCUCUGCUACGGAGUUGACCUGAGGGAUUACUUGCCGGAAUGGGUGGUCCUCGGAUUCUCUGCCUCCACGGCUGUUGCUGCUCUUGCAUGGUGGAUGGUACCCGCUCGGGUUUUCUCCCGUCGAAUUUAUGUUUUUGCAGUGAAAAAGAAAGAGAGAGAAGAAGAAAACGGCUGGAAGGAGGAGGAUGAGGAGUUCUCUGGAAUCCCUCUGCUGAGACGACGUCUUGACAGAAGCAAACAUUCGAUCGACGAGGGAGCGAAGUCCGUCCCACUAGCGGAACUGAAGCGAGCGACCAAAAAUUUCAGCGAGUUGAUCGGGAGAGGCGGGUUCGGAAUGGUGUACAAGGGACAGCUGGCGAGCGGCCAGCUGAUAGCAGCGAAGAAAGUCCCUCUGGACGGCGCGGCGAUAGAAGGUUUCAUGGCGGAGCUGGUGAUCAUCACGCAGUUGAGGCACAAGAACCUGGUGAGGCUGUUGGGCUGGUCAAACAAUCUGGAGGAGUCGUGCUACUACCUCAUCUACGAGUACAUGGAGAAUCGGAGCUUGGACCUCCACUUGUACGGCGACGGCAACGGCCAGUUUACUAUGGGCUCGGUGAAGCUGGACUGGGAGAAACGGUAUCGCAUCGUGAAGGGACUCGCUAAUGCACUGAGCUAUCUGCAAGCAGGAGGCGACGGGAAGAGCGUGCUCCACGGGGAUGUGAAGAGCAGCAAUGUGCUUCUGGACUCCGAGUUCAACACCAAGUUGGGUGAUUUCGGGCUGGCUCGAGUGGUGGACCAGGACAUGCGGUCCCACGCGGAACAUGGCGGGACGCCCGCAUACAUGGCGCCUGAGCGUGCGGACCAGCGACGGGCAGCUCUGGAGUCGGACACGUACAGCUUCGGGGUGGUGGCGCUGGAGGUGGCGAGCGGGAGGAGGGCGGUGGUGCUGAAGGAGCACAUCGUGAGGUGGGUUUGGGAGAUCUACGGGAGGGGGAACGUGUUCGAGGCGGUGGAUCCCAGAUUGGAAGGGGAGUUUGAUAGGGAUGAGAUGCAGCGGUUGUUGAUGGUGGGGCUCCAUUGCGCUCACCCGAACAGAACUCGCAGGCUCUCGAUUCAAGAUGCGUUGCGGGUGUUGAGUGAUACGAAGCUUCCGUUGCGGAAUUUUAAUCUCCCAUUG